GACGUGUCCUGUCAUACCUUCAAAGCCUCAGAGGUGAACAGGUGAUCAGCUCAGUCUGCAGCAUCUUUAACUUCACUGAUCAUGCCUCAAAUUGCAUCAGAAACCGAACCCUUCACAGAGUGGACGACUCAUCUGUGUGACUGCUUCGAGGACGUAAGCACAUGUUGCUAUGGCUUCUGGUGCUGUCCUUGCCUCGCCUGCACCGUCUCAGGCAGAUUUGGGGAAAACUACUGCCUCCCCAUAUGUGACAUCUUAACUCCUUCUGUGAUGGCGGCCUGUGGCAUUCCCGUGUUUGUGCCUCCUGCCGUCUACGGGAUGAGGGCCUCCAUACGAAACAGAUACAAGAUUAAGGGUUCCCUCUGUAAGGACAUCGGCGUUUCCUGUUUCUGCGUGUGGUGCGCCUGGUGCCAGAUGCAUCGCGAGUUGAAACAUCGCAAUAAAGCCCCAGCUGUCGUCAACAUGCAGAAUCAAACUGUCAUCAACAUGCAGCCUCAAAUGAUGAUGCCUGUGUAUCCAAACUCAGGGGGUAUGGUGAACCAGGCGGUCGUCGUGAAUACACACUGAGCUUUGAAGGAUCGAAUGUGUCUGAAUUUUAAGAUAAUUAUAUUGAAUGUAUCACUUUACUGGAUCAUCUAUUUUGUGAUAAUGUAAUUGGGUGCUUCUAUAAAACCGGUCCCUAAAAACAGGACAUGGGGGCUAAAAACUGAAAAAAAAUUAAAGCAAGUCUGGAACCACUUUGGGUCUAUUUUAAAAAGAAAUACUGAAAUA